CUACGGCGAACUCCGUGAAUCACGAAACACGACAAGAGCAUUUCAGAUGAACAACGCGAUCCUGUGUGAAGACGGUGAGUGUGUGUAAUAAAAGCUUCACAAGCACAGGAGUGCGAUUGAAACAAGUACUAGGCACUUAAGUCAACACAGAAGGUCAGGUAUUUUUAUUGAUGGACCUCCACGUAGACGUACUUGGCCACCUGCUCCUUUCUCAAUUCUCAUACAACUCUUCCUCCGUCCUCUCGACUUGCUCUAUCGAGAUAAACGCAACGUAGAGAAGAAAGCAUGGCCCCCUCGUCUUCGCAAUCAGUUUUCCUCGACGUCGGAGGUGGACAACUCGGGCCGCACCGUGCUGCAUUGUCCGCUUGUGGUCCUCCAACCCGCAGCGCGUCGGGCAGGACUUCAUCGAGGAUGAUGUUGAUGCGCGGGUCGUCUUUACUGCUGCUUGUCCUGAACGAUCUCACCCAUGUUGUCCAAGCGCUGGACCGUCGUGGCCGUCGUGGCGGCCGGAAAGACCUCGACCCCUACAACAUUCAGCAGGAGAUGUUGCAGCAGGAGGAGCAGCAGGCACAGAAACAAGCCGCGUCCGCUGGCGCUGAAGACCAGCUGGACCGGGACACGCUCGACGACGAGGCGGUUGCGAAGGUCGCGGAAGAGUUAAAGGCGCAAAUCGAGACCGAGUUGCGGAAGCAAAUGAAGGACAAUCUGGGUGCUAAUGGGAAGACAGGUUCUUCUGAGGCAGGACCAGGAGAAGAUGAAACUGCCUAUGAAGACGGCGUGGAAAAUAACAACUUCCUAGAAGAGGAAAACGAAAACGACCUGUCGGGAAAUACCAGUGCAUCCGAAGGUAGUACAACUGUCCGCACGGACAAGAACAAUAAACACCGACAGCGACUACAGGAUGAUGCUGGCCAGAAUAAUGGAGCCGGUGCAGGCGCUGCUGCUGAGCCUGAUGGUCCAGAUCCGGAGUUGGUGAAUGGUGCGAUUUUUGUCGCCCUUCUCUGUGUUUUCAUCGGCUACGCAAUGCUGAAUAACGGGAAUGCGGCAAAUGGCGCGCAGCGUUUGGGCUCGGCGGCGGGCGCUGCUGGGGGCGGGGCUUCAGGCGCGCAGAGAAACCAUGCGAGUAGCUCCGGAAAAAAUCUGCCGAACAAUAACACGCAGCAGGAUCACGCCGCAGCGAUUCGCGAACAGCGGCUGAAGCGGUUCCAGCAACAGGAGCAGGCGAGUGCGAGUGCAGGUGGGGUGGAACUACAGGGGUCGCACCAGCAGAAUGUUGUAGCCACGACCGGCACAUCAAAGUCCGCGAACAACCCAGAAGCGCCAGCACAGUCUCCCCCGUCAAGAAAGGGCGCAGACAAUGUUCUUAAGCCGGCUCCACCAGCAUCUCGUGGUGGUGCAACUGCAACCGCGGAAAAGGCGAAGGACAUCCAACUUAAGUCAACUGCUGGUGAAGAAUCGCAGCGACCGGAAGUGAAAAAAGAAGAAGCGAAAAAACUGCAGCCAGUGGCGCCGGUAGAUACCAACCCCGUCGUGAGCGUGAGUGAAAAAGCCCCAGCAAAGCCAAGGGCAGCAUCAUCUCCUGAACGACCAGCGGGGGUCCUAGACCACGUCAAACAACCAUCAGUAAAGGAAAAGGCCACCAAGAAACCGUUGAAAAUUUUCGUGACCUGUAACUCCCAAUUGUCCAAGGCCGUCGCCGAACUUUCCCCAGUUGAAAAUUUCCAAGAAACGCCGUUCGAGUUCCAAGACCGCGACACUGCUACCGUCGGGAUGCUGAAAGAGAAGUUGUUCGAGCGCGUGAUCCCUGCGGAAUUUUCAGCGGAGGACGAGCAGAACAUCCUGCGCCUCGCUGGGUUUCCACCGGAGGGAGGAGCGGGAGGUGCUGCCACGACUUCGGCCACUGGUAGCCCCACGAGCGAAGUAGUGCCGGCGACGAAGAAGCUGUGUCUGCUGUUUCGGGGGCGCAUCUUGCAGCAGGACGACAAGUUGCUGGUGGAUAGCGGCUUUGGAAAAUUCGGCGAAGACCGAGUCAUGUUUAUGUACCGAUAAAGACGUUGUCGAUUGCUGUUGUUGGAAAAGCUCGUAAAGACGACCAAGAAGAACAUGAAAAAAACCUUUGAUGACGACGUGAACAGCACAUACAGGAGCGCCGACGAUCGCUCUGCGUCGAUGCUGUGUGCGUGCUGUUGGUGGUGCUAAGAGACCUCCUCCUGUGCUUUUUAUUCAGCAUCAACACCACUUUUGUAAACGAAACAUAGGCUGCUCGAGGCUGCUCCGGUGAGUAAAAAAAUCUUGAGUACUUAGCAAUUGUAAACGUGAUGUUCGCACAGCUAAAGCGGUGACAGAUACGAAAAGGCUCUCGCAAGUUGUACGGAGAGCGAGAGAAUGACUCCGUACUACGUCAUCACAACGCAUUCGUCAAAGAAAAUCGGUCCACCUUCACACGUGAGAAACAGAAACGAAAUUUUCGAAGACUAGUAUCGUUUUUGGGUCGUGGCGGGAUUUGUUGUACGUAGUGCACUGAAAGUGUGUUGUGCAUUGGUCUCCCA